UCUACCCGGUUCCUUCUCUCUCAUCCCCGCGACCGAUGGCAGCUCUUUGCCCCUUCUCUUCCCCUUCAUUGCCUCAGUCCCUGUCGAAACUUCUCUCUCAAUCCAAAGCCCAACCCCUCCUCCUCAACCUCCCAAUUCGAAACCCUAACCCUAAUUUCACUGGAAUCACCUCGAAAUUCCACAACCUUGCAUCGUCAGUAUCUUCUUCGUCAACGACGCCCUCCACGUCAGCAUCCGCGGGAACGGAGUCCCCCUCUCUCGGCAACAUCACCAGGCCUGAUUUCCCAAUUCUUCAUCAGACUGUCAAUGGCUCCAACCUGGUGUACUUGGAUAACGCGGCGACUUCGCAGAAGCCCUUUUCAGUUUUGAAAGCUUUGAAUGAAUCUUAUAACUUGGAUGGGGUCGAAAACCUGAGUGCAGGUACUACAAAUGCAUAUGAGCUAGCAAGAGAAAAAGUUGCAGCUUUUAUCAAUGCGGGAGAACCCACAGAGGUUGUGUUCACACGGAAUGCAACUGAAGCCAUCAAUUUGGUUGCUUACUCAUGGGGUCUCUCAAACUUGAUGUCUGGGGAUGAGAUAAUACUCACAGUUGCAGAACAUCACAGCAAUAUAGUCCCUUGGCAGCUUAUUGCCCAAAAAACCGGUGCAACCCUAAAAUAUGUUGGUCUUACUGAGGAAGAAGUUCCCGAUAUUGAGCAGUUGAAGAAACUUCUGUCAUCAAAGACAAAAGUUGUUGCUGUUCAACAUGUCUCAAAUGUACUUGGUUCUGUUUUGCCUAUUGAUGAAAUUGUUGCCUGGUCUCAUGAUAUUGGGGCAAAAGUUCUCGUUGACGCUUGUCAAAGUGUUCCACACAUGGCAGUUGAUGUGCAGAAACUUGAUGCUGAUUUUCUUGUUGCAUCUUCUCACAAGAUGUGUGGACCUACGGGUGUCGGAUUCUUGUAUGGCAAAAGAAAAGUUCUGUCAGAAAUGGCGCUAUUGGAUGGUGCCAACAUGAUUUCUGAUGUAGAUAACUCUACUGCUGUUGAACCUUCUUCCAGAUUUGAAUCUGGAACUUCUGCAAUUGCACAAGCGAUAGGGUUGGGUGCAGCGAUUGAUUAUUUAUCGAGAAUUGGAAUGCAGAGAAUCCAAGAUUAUGAGGAGGAACUAGGGAACUAUCUGUAUCACAGCCUCCUUUCUAUUCCAAAUGUGCGCAUUUAUGGUCCCUCUCCCUCAAAAACAGUGCACCGUGGUGCUCUUUGUUCUUUCAAUGUUGAGAAUAUACAUCCAACAGAUAUUGCAACUCUUCUUGAUGAACAGCAUGGUGUGGCUAUUCGCUCUGGUCACCAUUGUGCUCAACCUCUCCAUCGCUAUUUGGGUAUCAACGCAAGCGCUCGUGCAAGCCUUUACAUUUACAACACCAAAGAAGAGGUGGAUAUCUUCAUUGAAGCACUUAAAGACGCAAUCAGUUUUUUCAGUUCCUACAUGUAGUAUUUCUUUCUUUUCCUCUUUGUAACAUUGUUUUUUAUGCAACAUUUUUUUGAUAUCUCGAUCAAUUUCCUCUUUUAAAAAAAAUUCAGAGUGUACAAUACGAGACUGUAAAUAACAAAUAUGCUUGUUGAUUACUGCCGUUGGCCCUUUGGAGGCUAAUUUAUUAGAAAGAUGAAAAUCACUUAUUAAAUAAAUUUGAUUA